AUGGGUAAUAGCUUAUCGUUAUGCCUAUUGCGCGAAACGUCCAAAGAUGUGUUUAGAUAUUUCGAGAGUUUAUACAAAAAAUAUUUUAAAAGUUAUAAUUAUAUAAAUUAUAUCAGGUUGAAAUAUAAUAAGAAAGAUGAUAAGAUCCAUAGGAAGAACGUUAUUACAUGUGUUGAUUUUAAUGAAGAAUGUAAAAAUAAUAGAAUUAAAAAAGAGAAUUAUAUAAUUCGAGCUUUUUUGGACAUGACAAAACAUGAGAAAGCAUUAUUAUCUGUAGCAAUGGUAUUUCUUGUAAUAAAUGCGUAUACCAAUAUAAAUUAUCCUAGAAUAAUGGGUGAAUGUAUUGAAGCAAGUAAUCAUAUGGACAAUAAUAUCUUUAAUAAUAAUAAUAAUAAUAUUUUGAAGAGUAACAUUUUCAAAAGUUAUGAUAAUGUUAUAUAUAAUUAUUUAUGUAAUAUAAAUAUAUGUAAUAAUAUUAUAAAUUUUUUUUUUGAUAAAAUAAGAUUUAUAAAAAAUGGUUUCUUAGAUCGAAAUAUUAUGAAGACCAUAAUAUUUUACUUUCCUUAUUUUAUAUGUGGGGGAAUAGCAUCUUAUAUGAGAAUAUAUUUUACAAAUCAAUGUAUUAAAAAUAUAGAAAUACGUUUAAAAAAGCAAGUACAUGAUAAAAUUCUUAUGAAUAAUGAAGAAGAAUUUAAAGAAUACAAAACAUCUGAUUAUUUAGUAAAUUGUACUUUUAUCGAAAUAAAAUAUAGUUCAAAAGAAUUAAUUACAUGUAUUACACAAACAUUUCGUUAUAUGAAUUCAGUAAUAGGUGGAUUAAUAUCAAUGUCAUGUAUCUCUCUUUAUCUUACAAAGUUAUGUCUCUUCAUUAUACCUAUAUAUGGUCUUUCUGUUCUUUUCCUUUUAAAAUCAUUAAAACGCAUUAAAAUGGAAACUAUUACUAUGGAAGAAAAACAAAUAGCACGAUUUUCUGAUUCUUUACAAAAAAAAAAUAUAAUAUCAUUAUUUGGUAAUGAAUCAUAUGAACAUAAAUAUUUCUGUAAACAAUUACAUGCUCUCAAUAAUUUGUAUGAUAAAUAUAUAACUUGUGAAUCUAUAUUCUAUUCCUUCUUGAAUAUAGGUACUAAUGUUGUUAUAUGUACCAUUUUAUGUUUGGGAAGAUUAGAAUUAACUACACAACAUAUAACACAUGGGCAACUCGUGUCUUUUAUAGUUUACAGCACCAUGUUAGGACUAGGUGUGGGGGGCAUGUUAAAAUUAAAAAAAGAUAUUAAUCUUCUACAAAUAAGUUUACAAAAAAUAUAUGAAAUAUUAGAUCUGACAAAAAGGGGAACACAAACAUAUAUAAAUAAUUAUGAGAAAAGUAAAUUACUUAUACAAGACAAACGAGUAGAUCAUCUAAAAAAUGAAGAACGUGAGAACAGCAUGGGAAAAAAUAAAUCUGUUAAUAAGGAAGAUAAUGAUGUUGAUAAUAAGGAUGUUAAUAAGGAUGAUGAUCAUAAUCAUAAUAAUGAUAACAAUAAUUAUAACAAUAAUGAUAACAAUAAUGAUAACAAUAAUGAUAACAAUAAUGAUAACUAUAAUGAUAACAAUAACUAUAACAGUAAUUAUAAUAAUUAUUAUUAUUAUAAUGUUGUGAUGAAUGAUCUAGCUUUCAAGUAUCCACACAAAUGUAAUUAUAUACCUAAUAAUAUUAAAGGGUCCAUAAGAUUUGAAAAUGUUUCUUUUUCAUAUAAUCAUUAUGACAAAGAAAGAAAGAAAAUAGUUUUACAAAACAUCAACCUAGAAAUUAAAGCAAAUGAAAAAGUUGCCAUUAUAGGAAAAAGCGGAUCAGGAAAAUCAACAUUGUGGAAAUUACUUACAUGUAAUUUUUCUUAUGAAGGAAAUAUUUAUAUAGAUAAUCUGAAUAUUAAAAAUAUUCAUAAUCAUUUCUUAAAAAGAAAUAUUCUUUCUGUCAGUGAGCAAGAAUGUUGUAUAUUCAAUAGGACUAUUUAUGAAAAUUUAAUUUAUGGACUAGUACCUCUAUAUAUAGAAAAUCAUAAUAAUAAUCAUAAUCAUAAUCAUAAUAAUAAUUAUUAUUAUCAAUAUUUAUCAAAAUGUAUUUUUCAAAAUAUUAAUCCAAGUAAUAUUAUCCACAAAAAAAUUCUAAACAAUAUUCAAACAACAAAAUACAAUUCACAAUGUUAUCAAAACAAUAAACAUAAUAUUACCCCUAAUUUUAUAACUCAAAGUUAUCGAACACAAGAUGAAGAUGCACAUAAUAUUUCAAAUCACAAAGAUAUAGAUAACACAAAUAGAAAUAUAUAUCCAAAUUAUUAUACAGAUUUCUUAAAUUCAUAUGAUGAAUAUAAAUUAAAUAUUAUCAACUCUUCUAUUCAUGUAUUAUGUGAAGAACUUGAUUUAAAACAAUUUAUUAAUUCCAUGCCCCAGAAUAUACAUUCAAAUAUUCAAUAUAAUAAUAUGUCAUCCGGACAAAAACAAAGAUUAUCUAUUAUAAGAUCUCUUAUGAAAGAUACACCUAUAUAUAUAUUUGAUGAAAUUACAUCUUUUCUAGAUGAAGGAAAUAUACACAAAUUACACAAACUUAUUGAUUUAUUAAUACCUAACAAAACUAUUAUCUAUAUUACACAUUCAAUUCAUAUACUCAAUAAAAUGGAUAAAAUUAUUAUGCUAGACGAUGGUAAAAUUAGGGCUGUUGGGACAUAUGAACAAAUUAAAAAUGAUACCGUCUUUAUGGAUAUAUUCUCCCUACAUAAGCCUGCUGUAUAG